UCUGCUUUCCUUUAUCACCUCUUAAGUUAAGUUGCUCCGCUCGUUUCUUCACCUAACUCGAGUUAUCUAUCAAGAUAUCUCAGUAUCGGCGUGUAUUUGUCCACUCACAAAACGAAGACCUCAAUCAAGAUUCAACUUAAACUGCGUACGAGUUGGAUAUCAUUCCACGCGAAACAAGCAGACAUGGAUUGCGCCGAUCUCCAAUAUACUCCAGGCCCCGAAGCCUCUGGAGAUUUGUGUCAGUAUGAUCUCACCUCAGUCAGCAUGAGAAGGUCCGAUAGCGGUGACUCAACCGCUACAUAUUCAUCGGACAGUAUCUCACCACCCAGCCCGUUGCAGGUGUUCAACAUGACGGUCUCCGACAUAUUCGAGACGGCAAACUAUGCUACACUGGCUGCCAAGUUUGCUUUGGGCAACCAGUACCGGGGUGAGACGUUCAUGCCUUCUGUGAUCACUUCAGAAUCAGUCCGAGAGGCGAUUCAGAGAGCCAAAAGUCGCCAAAGAGAGUACCCCGAGAGGGUGGGAGUGCAGGAAGUUCUCACCAAGCAGCUUCACCAUGUGUUCAGCCGGCAUGGCGUCAGUUUUCCUCCCGUUAGCGUGAUACUUCAAGAGGCUGCCCAUCAGCUCCUCCUUCACCUAAAGGGCUUCGAUGUCCUUCAGCGAUGCUGCCUCGCCAUUGCCGUGGUACUUGAGACUGUUCAAGCAAAGCUGGAACAAGCGUCGAGUCGCAGAUCAGUCCCAGAGAGGAGGAGAAACACAUGCUCCCAUCCUGGCUGUGACAGAGCCUUCAGCCGGGCCGCCGACCUGAAGAGACACAGGCAAACCCACCUCUCUGACGAUAUGAAGAAGAAGUAUCGGUGCGACUACAAGAAGUGCCUGCGGCACCAAGAGGCGUUUGUGCGGGAUGAUCACUUCCGCGACCACCUACGAAACUUCCACAAGGAGGACCUGACACGGCGCGGCAAGCAAGACGAGCAGGACUGGUGGCUGACACGGGCCAAGAGCGCGGUGACGAGCGGGUGGUGGCGCUGCAACAAGUGUCUGUUGACGAGAGUGAGGAUCAAGCAGCACGGGUGGGUGUGCCCUACAUGUUCAACGCAUUGCGAGACACAGAGGAGGCGGUUUCGGCAGUCCACGAUGAGUGCAUAGUGUGCUUGGCCUUGAUGAGGUUGAAUGUGAGUGGAUACGGGCCAUGGAAUGAAUGUAUCAUGCCUUCCGGUUUGCUUUCAUGUUUCAGCACGGAACCGGGGAACUUGUGGUGGAU